UCAAAACCACACAUCACGUCAAUACGUCGCGCCGCCGCCGGAAGUCGAUGUCGCUCUAGGAAUCGCCGUCGUGAAUCUGAACGAGGGAAUACACAACGAAACUUUUACACAAGCGCCUUUGCGAUCUUCUGGUUACGACAACCAUUUUAAUCACAUAUAAACCACCCCCAAAUCAUAUUUGGUUUGUUUGGCAUUCUGUGCAAGAACAGAAAAGACCCGUUCGUCGUCUAAACUAACAAAACAAUCCAACAGCAACAAUGGCAGAUAUGGAUGAUACACAUUUCGAAACUGGAGAUUCCGGUGCUUCAGCAACCUUCCCAAUGCAAUGUUCAGCAUUGCGUAAGAACGGUUUCGUAAUGCUUAAGGGACGCCCAUGCAAAAUUGUUGAAAUGUCAACAUCUAAGACUGGCAAGCACGGUCAUGCCAAAGUUCACAUGGUUGGAAUCGAUAUUUUCACCGGUAAAAAGUAUGAAGAUAUUUGCCCAUCCACUCACAAUAUGGAUGUACCACAUGUUAAGCGCGAAGAUUAUCAAUUAACUGAUAUUAGCGAUGACAAUUACUUGACCUUGAUGAGUGAUGGUGGCGAUCUUCGUGAAGAUCUCAAGGUUCCAGAAGGUGAAUUGGGCGCUCAAAUUCGUUCUGAAUUCGAAUCUGGCAAAGAAUUAUUGUGUACUGUUUUAAAAUCCUGUGGUGAGGAAUGUGUCAUUGCAAUUAAGACCAAUACAGCUCUUGACAAAUAAAAUCUAGCACAUCAUACCUCGUCCCGUUGCUUAUUGUUUAUUAAUAAUUAUAUAUUUAAAUAUAUUGAUUAAAGAAGAAGAAGAAAAUAAUGCAAGAUAUGGAAAGAAGGUGAGAAGGGGGAGAAAUCAUGAUCCGACGACCUUAGAUGCUGGAUCACAUACACAAUCUAGAUGGGAUCAUGAUGGACAACAACAGCAACAGCAGAACAACAAGCAAAAUUUUAUUACUGCAAACAAGACAUAAUGCAUAUAUAGAGGAUUUAAGAACAGAUUUAUAAAAAAUUCUUCUGCCAAGAACAUUUCACUUUAAAACCAAGAACGAAACAACCAAUAAAAUUACUCUAAAAAACAAACGCAACCAUAUUACUUAUAGGUGGAAAAUAUUAUAAUUAAUAUAAAAAUAAAAGCGGAACAUAACUCGACAUCUAGCAAAUGAAAAGCAAAGCAACCUGGAUAUGAUAUAUAAAUAACGUGGACAUACAGGAGUCACGCAGUAAACACAUUUUUUUGUUUUUUUUUUACAAGUUUUUUAAUAUCUUACUUUAUAAGUAACCUCUUUUUUAUUGAAUGAACUGAGCCUUACCUAUAUUACGUCUGCAUUAUGUUUUUCUGGCAUUUAAAUUUAUACACGAAAAGUAAAUAUUCGAAAUUAUAUUCUUUAUAGAAAAUUAGAAAUUCAUUUAAUUUCUAAGUGUAUGAAAAUUAGCUACAGUAACUGAAAUUUCAGAGUAACGUCAUAACUAAGAACCGACUGUUCAAAUAAAAAUCCAUAGUAAAGCCCAUUCUUAAGCUCUCAAUUUUCCAUUGUCCGACGAAACUUUGAGCACGUGGUAUGAGUGUGCAGCCCGGGGGUGGUUUUUUCUUUAAAACAAAUUUCUCUUUUUUUCCUUUUCGUUUACAUACUCGAAAGAAUAUAAAAAUUUAAUGAAAUACCAGCAGUCACAGUAAGAGCAAAACGAAAACAUCAAAACAACAUAGCAUACACAUAAAACAACGUGUACAUGUACUAGAGAAAAAAUUAAUAAAUGGUAACUAUAUAUAAAACAAACUAUAAAUUCUUUGCUAAAUAAAUAACGUAUAAAAACAAGAAAACCAAGAAUAAAUCGUAAAAAAAUUAAAUAAAUUAUAAAAGAGCCAAGGCGUAAUGAGAAAAAAAACAAAUAAUUGAAAUAGCAAUUCAAUGCGAUUCAAAUAGGCGAAAGUGAAUAAAAUAAAAUAAAAGAACAUAUAAAAUAUGCAACAAGCGAAGAAGUAGGGGAGAAGGAGGAGGCAGACAGUAGGACGGCGUUAAAGAGAGAGAGAAAUCGAAACUGAUGAGAAUUUUGAGAUGAAUGAAUGUAAAAGGAAAGAAAAAAUAUACACAAACACAAAAAACCUAAAA